GAACAAGGAGGAGUAAAGAUGCCCUUAACUGAGGUAGAAAAAUCUAUGAAUUAUAGUAUACUUAUAGACUCCAAGCUGAUUUUCAGUGACAAUGUUUUUCAGACUUCUAGAAAAGCAAAUAGAAUGGCUGGUUUGUUAAAACGAAAUUUCAAAAAUGCACCUAUAGCAGCCUUUUCACUUUUUUUUUAUAAAUCUAUGGUUAGGUCAAUUCUGGAAUAUGGUGUGGUUGUGUGGUACCCCUUUAGAAAAUACCAAAUUUAA